AUGCGUAGCUCCAAUCAUCUAUCUAUCUAUCUAUCUAUCUAUCUAUCUAUAUUUGAUUUAAUUAUGGGUGAGAAACUAACACUAGAAGAAAGACUUGAAUUUUUUUCUUUUAUGUUUGAAAGAGAUGGAACGACACAUCGCUCUGUUGCUCAAGAAUUCAACCUCAAUCACCCUGAACGAGAGCAACCAUUGAUCCACAUAACUGUCAGACGUUUGAUCAAACGCUUCGAUGAAACUGGCUCAGUUGCUGACCGUCAUAUAUGUGGACGACCACAGAAUGCAACUGAUGAAGAAAGAUCCGCCAUGAUCAUGGCGAAUAUUGCUAAAAGUCCUGUGAUAUCAAGAGAGAGAAGAAGCACCAGACCAGAUCUUUUUUUUAUUCUUUCUUUCUGCUUUUCUUUCUUUCUAAUUUGUCAUUUUCUUUCUUUUCAUUCGACAUUUUCCUUUUUUAUUCUUAUUCGUUCAUUGAUAUUAACUUUCUUUCUUUUCUUUCUUUUUUUCAUUCUUUCUUAUCUUUCUUUCUUUUCUUUCUUUCAUUAUUUCUUUUCUUUCUUUCUUUUCUUUCUUUCAUUAUUUCUUUUCUUUCUUUCUUUUCUUUCUUUCUUUCUUUUUUUCAUUCUUUCUUUUCUUUCUUUGAUUCUUUCUUUCAUUAUUUCUUUUCUUUCUUUCUUUUCUUUCUUUCUUUUCUUUCUUUCAUUAUUUCUUUUCUUUCUUUCUUUUCUUUAUUUCUUUUCUUUCUUUCAUUAUUUCUUUUCUUUCUUUCUUUUUUUCAUUCUUUCUUUUCUUUCUUUGAUUCUUUCUUUUCUUUCUUUCUUUUCUUUCUUUCAUUAUUUCUUUUCUUUCUUUCUUUUCUUUCUUUCUUUUCUUUCUUUCUUUUCUUUCUUUCAUUAUUUCUUUUCUUUCUUUCUUUCUUUCAUUAUUUCUUUUCUUUCUUUUCUUUCUUUUUUUCAUUCUUUCUUUUCUUUCUUUGAUUCUUUCUUUUCUUUAUUUCUUUUCUUUCUUUCUUUUCUUUCUUUCUUUUCUUUCUUUCAUUAUUUCUUUUCUUUCUUUCUUUUCUUUCUUUCUUUUCUUUCUUUCAUUAUUUUUUUUCUUUCUUUCUUUCUUUCACUAUUUCUUUUCUUUCUUUUCUUUCUUUUUUUCAUUCUUUCUUUUCUUUCUUUGAUUCUUUCUUUUCUUUAUUUCUUUUCUUUCUUUCUUUUCUUUCUUUCUUUUCUUUCUUUCUUUUCUUUCUUUCAUUAUUUCUUUUCUUUCUUUCUUUCUUUCUUUCUUUCAUUAUUUCUUUUCUUUCUUUCUUUCUUUCUUUCUUUCAUUAUUUCUUUUCUUUCUUUCUUUUCUUUCAUUCAUUAUUUCUUUUCUUUCUUUCUUUCUUUCAUUAUUUCUUUUCUUUCUUUCUUUCUUUCUUUCAUUAUUUCUUUUCUUUAUUUCUUUUCUUUCAUUCAUUAUUUCUUUUCUUUCUUUCUUUUCUUUUUUCAUUAUUUCUUUUCUUUCUUUUUUUUCAUUAUUUCUUUCUUUUCUUUCUUUCUUUUUUCUUUCUCAUCUGCCAAUUUCUUAUAUUUCCAUAUUCUUCCCUACUUUUUCAUUAUUUACCCUUCUUUCUUUUUCUUUAUUUUAUUUAAUUGCUAUCACCCCAUGCAAGGCGUAAUAGCUACUUCUUCGUCCAAUUUUUUUCUUUCAAAUCGCGCCCUCCUCUUCCUCGUUCAUUCAACAUACCUCUUUUUCCUUUUAUUCAACACAACUAAUUCUUCUUCUUCUUUUUCCUCUCCUUCUUCUUGUUUUCUCCUUCUUCUUUUACAUUCAGCACACUCUUUCCUCCUCCUACUACUACUUCUUCAUUCAGCACACCUUUUCCUCCUCCUCCUACUACUACUUCUUCAUUCAGCACACUCUUUCCUCCUCCUACUACUACUUCUUCAUUCAGCACACCUUUUCCACCUCCUACUACUACUUCUUCAUUCAGCACACUCUUUUCCUCUCCCCCUACUACUUCUUCAUUCAGCACACCUUUUCUCCUCCUCCUACUACUUCUUCAUUCAGCACCUCUUUCCUCCUCCUACUACUACAUCUUCAUUCAGCACACCUUUUCCUCCUACUACUACUACUUCUUCAUUCAGCACACCUUUUCCUCCUCCUCCUACUACUUCUUCAUUCAGCACUCUUUUUCCUCCUCCUACUACUUCUUCAUUCAGCACACUCUUUCCUCCUACUACUACUUCUUCAUUCAGCACACCUUUUCCUCCUCCUACUACUACUUCUUCAUUCAGCACACCUUUUCCUCCUCCUCCUACUACUUCUUCAUUCAGCACACUCUUUCCUCCUACUACUACUACUUCUUCAUUCAGCACACUCUUUCCUCCUCCUACUACUACUUCUUCAUUCAGCACACUCUUUCCUCCUCCUACUACUACUUCUUCAUUCAGCACACCUUUUCCUCCUCCUACUACUACUUCUUCAUUCAGCACACCUUUUCCUCCUCCUCCUACUACUUCUUCAUUCAGCACACUCUUUCCUCCUCCUACUACUACUUCUUCAUUCAGCACACUCUUUUUCCUCCUCCUACUACUACUUCUUCAUUCAGUACACCUUUUCUCCUCCUCCUACUACUACUUCUUCAUUCAGCACACCUUUUCCUCCUCCUCCUACUACUUCUUCAUUCAGCACACCUUUUCCUCCUCCUACUACUACUUCUUCAUUCAACCUGCCUCUUCCUUCUUCCUAUUCUUCUUCUUCAUCUUCUUCAUUCAACCUGCCCCUUGCUUCUUCCUCCUCCUCUCCUUCUUCAUUCAACCUGCCUCUUGCUUCUUCCUAUUCUUCUUCUUCUUCUUCUUCAUCUUCUUCUUCUUCAUCAUUCAACCUGCCUCUUGUUUCUUCCUAUUCUUCUUCUUCUUCUUCAUCACCAUCUUCUUCAUUCAACCUGCCUCUUGCUUCCUCCUCCUCCUCUUCUUCUUCAUUCAACCUGCCUCUUCCUUCUUCCUAUUCUUAUUCAUCUUCUUCUUCAUUCAACCUGUCCCUUGCUUCUUCCUCCUCUUCUUCUUCUUCUUCUUCUUCAUUCCACCUGCCUCUUUCUUCUUAUUAUUCAUUCUUCUUCAUUCAACUUGCCCCUUGUUUUUUCCUUCUUCUUCUUUUUCCUCUUCUUCUUCUUCAUCAUCUUCUUCAUUCCCUAUGCCCUUGCUUCUUCCUCCUCUUCUUCUUUCUUCAUUCCACCUGCCUCUUGCUUCUUCUUCUUCUUCUUCUUCUUCUUCAUUCAAUCUGCCUCUUGCUUCUUCUUUUUCUUCUUAUUCUUGGUAUACAUCUUUACAAAUAUAA